AUGGAGGUUUCCUUCCGAGCCAGAUCUCCCCAGGUGUCUGUGCUAGGCAGGAUGGUGGAGAUGAAACUCUAUAGGAGGAGGGCGGCCUGUUGCCAUCGUGGCCACGGUGGCGGCGAGGCUUACAGAGUGAACCUUCCCCGAGAAGGGGGAGCCCGCGCGGCCAGCGUGGCGCCUGGAUCCCUGCCUCCGAGCCCCCCUCUUCCCUGUUCCCAGCAAGCUUUGAGCGGGCAUUCCGCUUGUGACGCCACAGCAAGGGGUCUCCCCUCGUGUUCCCUGUCCUUUACCGGCUCCAAGGACAACACCUCCCGGGUCCCCAGCUUCGAGUCAGGCCCUGACCAGAGGGAAGAAGCCAGGAGGCCAGGACACGGGUUCCUGUAUGAAACCUCCGGGGUCCGGCCACAGUUCUCUCAGCAGGCCGCCUCCUUUGGUGCUUCCCCCACGACCCCCCCCCAAUUUGCCCUGGAGGGCGUCCACGCGCCCGUCGUCUCCCGGAGCGACCGUGACCUGAAGGACGCCAUGCAGGAGGCCCAGGGCCAGCAGUUCGUGUAGUGAGGGUCCCCAUCCCCGUCGGCUCAGCAGGAAAUCUGCACGCACGUCUUGGACCAAUUUGACUACUGCACGCCAAGCUGCCUUGCCUUCUUGGGGCGGGGCUCCCCUAACCCUUCCCUCUCCUGCAGGGAGGGCUUUUCCUGGGAUGGCUCAGCCGUCUUCCCAGAACCACCCAUCAUUAGGAUAUAUCCCGGCACGAUUCGUCCCGUCUCUCGGCACAUCAGAUACUACGCCAUGGCCCUACUGAAGAACGUGAAGGAGAGGGCCGCCUGGUUCCGAACACCACACGUCCUCUGGCCCUGGGGCUGUGACAAGCAGUUCCUCAACGCCUCGCUCCAGUUCACCAACAGACCUCUGAUGGAAUUCAUCAACUCUAACUCCGCCUCCAAGCUUGGCAUCUCUGUGGAGCACGCCACACUGGCUGACUACUUCCAUGCCAUGCACACUCACAGUGUCACCUGGAACAUCCACGACCGGGACUUCCUGCCCUAUUCCUCAGAUCCAUUUCAGGCCUGGACCGGCUUCUACGCAUCCCACAGCGGGCUCAAGGGGCUGGCGAGGCGAGUCAGCACACUGCUGUAUGCCGGGCAGUCCGUGUCCACUUACUACGUGUGGCCGGCCCCCCAGCAGCACCUGGGCCUGGACCGGGCCCUGAAGCAGCUGCAGUGGCCCCCUGGGCGGUCUCCGAGGCAAGUGCAUGUGGACGUGGGCCAAGGCAAGGACAGUGACAGUGUUCAGCUGGGGGCUUCAGGAAGCUUUCGGGCCAAAUUUAUGCAGAGGAGACAGGAGGGUGCCUGGAGCAUUCCAGCAGCUUUUAUAGGAAGACUGGGCGGCAGAGACGAACCUGGGACGGGACCCAUCCAGAUGUCUGUUUCUUGCCCAAGCCAGGGGACUCAGGCAGUGGGUGUCCACAAGGUCACCAGCCCCUCUGAGACUCAGUUUCCUCUUGUGAGAAGUGGGAGGGACCCUCACCUUCUCCACAGGCACCUGGCGAGAGGGAAGGAGAGCCAGCACCUGGGAGGUGAGCGGGUGCUCUGGAGAGGCAGGUCCCGAUCCCAUGCUUCCCCUACUCUGGUCGGGCUACGGGUGCAGCACCACGACGCCAUCCCUGGGACUGAGACGCCCAAGGUGAGGGACAUGUAUGUGGAGAAUCUGAGCGCGGGGCUGCACGGCGUGCACAAGCUGAUGGCCUCCAUCGUCCAGGACAGGACCCCAGCCCACUCAGACCCAGAACGUGGGGGACACGUUGUCGUGGUCUUCAACCCCUUGGCCUGGACAGUCACCACCAUCAUUACCCUGACUGUGGACUCCUCCUGGGUCAGCAUCACCGAUGCGUCAGGCCACCCGGUGCUUGCACAGGUCCAGAAAUCAAGGGAGAAACAACCUACAUACGACCUGCAUGUGCUGACCAUUCCGGGCCUCAGUUACCGGCACUACGGCAUCAGGAGCACCGAGGGGGCCCAGACGGGCAUCCACGAACCAGUUGCCACCAUAGUUAGUUCCACCCAGUUUGGGCGCAGGCCGUGGACGUGCACUGGUCCAGGGAUCAGGCACCUGUUGCAGGUGAAGAAUGACAUUAACACCGUGUUCCUGGACCGUGACACCAACCUGAUGCACAGCAUGUGGGAGAGAGCAACCAAGCAGCCACCGCAUGGCACCCCAUCAGGAGCUCUGCCCUUCGGUCAUUGCACAGGCCCUUCUCGAGAGAGCACGGAGCAGGCAGGACGGGCCGACCGCAGCCAGUGUGGGUGGUCAGUGAAGAGCGGGGACCGCAAGAGAGUAACCGCAACAAUGAUACGGAUCCGCAGCCCAUUUCUAAUAACUACGCAUCUGCACCCAAUGAGACCGCGAAGCGCCCCCCGGAAACCAGUGGGAAUGCAGAUUGUGGCGGGGGAGCUCAGGGCCGAGAUCCGGCAGUACCCCUACAGGAGGGUGAGGGACACGGAUCACACAUAGGCCAUCUACUCCCGACUCACCCACGUCCCACGCAGCCAUGGCAGAGAGCUGCUCUGCCAUCGCAUCGAGCAGGAGUGCCGGGGGCGGGGGGGGGGGGGGGCCUUGCAGCUGAACCACGAGGCCAUCCUGAGGACCAGCACCAGUCUACACAACCGCCGGGUCCUCUCCUCGGACAACAGCGGCUGCUGGAUGCAGUGGAGGCACUUCCGGAAAUACGCGAACAACAUGAACAACAUCACUCGGAAUCACUACCCCGUGGUUCAGUCCGCCUUCCUCGAGGACAACAGAAGCGGGCUCGUGCUGCCGUCCCAGCAGGCACGCCGCGACUCCAGCCAAGGGAACGGGCACGUGGAGGUCAUGCCCCAUCGCCUGUGGAACAAUUUGGACUGGGGUCUGGGUACCAGCCUCACGCUGAACGACACCUCCGUCGUCUUCCCUGUGCUCUGGCCGCUGCUGGGACCCCGGCCCCUCACCACGGGCCUGCUCCAGGGGGGUGGGCGGGCGCGACAUCGAGAGCCAAACAGUAAGGGGGUGUUCGUCCCAGAAUGA